AUGUCUAGAGAGAAAGGUAGAGAGCGACAGAGAGAGAGAGGCGGCUACCCUAGGAAAUAUAACAAUCUCAACUCAAGUGAUUAUGAAAAAAUUGAUCUAACACCAUGGGAUCUCCAAUUCCUUCCACUUGAAACCAUCCAAAGAGGCCAUCUUUUCCACCAACCCAUUCCAAACCAAAACCAAAUCAACCAUUUGAAACAAACACUUUCUACAACACUCUCUUAUUUCCCACCCUUAAGCCGUCUUAUAAUCACCCAACACAACGUGACCACAAACAACAACAACACAUCAUGUUCCAUAAUUUGCAACAACCUUGGUGCCCUAUUCGUCCAUGCCACAACACAAAAUACAACGGUCGAUGACAUCUUUCAAUCCAACUACACACCUCUAAUUGUCCACUCGUUUUUUCCAUUUAACGGCGUUAAAAACUACGAAGCUACGUCAAAACCAACUCUAGCAGUCCAAGUAACGGAGUUAAGUAAUGGCGUCUUCAUUGAAUUCACAUGCAACCACAUUGUUGCAGACGCCAAGUCAUUUUGGCAUUUCGUCAAUUCUUGGUCCCAAAUCUUGAAAGGUUCCCACAAAAUAUCAAAACUCCCUUCAUUUCAACGUUGGUUCCCAGAAGAAAGCUUAGAAUCCAAGUUUAGCUGAAAGAAUCUUCCAUUUCACAAAGGAGAAAAUCGAGGAACUGAAAUCAAAAGCAAACGCAAAAGCCGAAACAGAUAAAACUAAAAUAUCUUCGCUUCAAGCACUAUUAUCUCAUGUUUGGCGUUCCGUUGUUCGUUGCAAAAAACUUGAUCCACGAGAAGAUGUUUUCUAUGUGUUGAUUAUAGAUGUUAGACCAAGGAUGAUUCCACCUUUGGAAGAAGAUUAUUUCGGAAACGCAGUAGUGGUUAAUGGUGUGUGUGAGGAUGAAAGUCGGGGAGGUUCUAGAGUGUGAAAUCGGAAAAGUUGCUUUGGAGAUAAACAAGAUGAUUUUGUUACAUUCUGAUGAGAAAAUAAGGAACCAUUACGAGUCUUGGUUGAGAACACGCAGGUUGUUCCAAAGUGGUAGUUCGCUAGGUGGUAAUAAGUUGGCAAUCAGCAGUUCUCCGAGGUUUGAUGUUUUUGGCAAUGAUUUUGGCUGGGGAAAGCCAGUGGCGGUUCGAAGUGGGAGUGGUAAUAAGAAUAAUGGAAAAAUUAGUGUUUUUGCUGGUGCUGAAGAAGGUAGUAUAGAUGUUGAAAUUUGUCUUUCUUAUGAGAUUUUGGAGGCUUUGGCAAAUGAUGUUGAGUUCUUGGUUCCAAUUUCUAAGUAAUGUGACUUGUAAUUUUGUUAUUAGUGUCUUCUUCAAUUCUUGUGUAAAGAUUGUUCAAUGUAACUGCAUUUUGUUUAAUAAGUUGCUUUUUACAUUUAUCUGGUAUGAACUUGUUUAGGAUAUGCUCAACCGUGACUAAGUUA